GUCACUGUCAGAGGCAGGAGGCCGGAGCAGGACUUGAACCGCUACAGCCACCCUUUGCUGCCUAGAACUGGCCAGGCGAGGAGCCGGCAGCUGGAUCUCGCAGGGAGGCUCCGUGACCCGGGCCCGGCUUCCCGCUGGCGGCAGCGCCUCGCCGCCCCCGCCCGGCCAGCACACACCGGCGCCUCCCCGGGGCCGGCAGGGCGAGGGCGGCGGCGGCAACCCCCGGCCCAGAGCCCCCCUCACGCCACGGAAGCCGCCGCCCCGCACCCGCCAUGCCGACCCGCUGCUGUUACCUCCGGUACUGCCGGACUCCGCCCACUCUUGCGUCACGACGCUCCGUUAGCGCGCGGCGUCACGCCUGGCUCGCGCGGGAAGAGCCCCACCCUGGCACGGGGCUGCGCCACGCCGCCGAGCGCGAAGGCGGCGUCUCCUCGCGGCCCGUCGCCGGGAGCGGGAGGGGAGGGGGCCGCGCCCUCCCGCCCCCCCCCCGGGGGAAGCGGCCCUGGGGCCGCAAGCCAUGGAGAAGCUCUCCAAGACGCCGCAAGUCGCCGCCGCCACCCCGGAGGGAGGAAAGCGGCGUCAAGGCCUGUUGGAUAAAGACAGCACAAAAGGAAAAAGGACACAACCAAAUUACGAAGCUUCGGGUGUGGCUCCAGUGGAAGAAGAGUGUUCUGGUGAUUCAAUGAAAGCUAAGCUGUUGGCAUUCAAAGCUAAUAGGGCAAAGAUAAAAUAUGCUAAUACAUACAGACUGGAGUCACAUAACAGAUUUCGGGAUUAUUUAGUAAGAGACAAAGCUCAAGUGAUACUAAUGAGUAAACUUCAACAAGCCAAAUACGAUGGAGUUUCUAGUCCCUCCUUGUGUGCUUCAAUCUCAGAAGAAAUAUUAACGGCUGUGAAGGAACUGGACUUUGACCGUUACAAGUACGUGGUAUCGGUACUAAUUGUGGAAAAGGCAGGCCAGGCAAUGCAUGUUGCCAGCAGAUGUGUCUGGGAUGUUCAAAGAGACACUUGGGUUUCAGCUAAAUGUGAAACUGAAACAUUUAUUGCACUGGCGUUGGUAAUGGCUUGUUAUUACGAGUAAUAAUCUAAAACCUACACCCGGUUUUGCGCAGCGCGUUACGUGGUAUAUUUGAAAACUUUCAGAAUGUCAUUAUUUUAGUACUGAUUUUUGUCCUGAUCCUCUUGGCACAUCAAAAUUGACACGUAGUUGAGAUAAUUUUGCUCGUUUUUCUGUUUAAAAAAAAAAAACCCAAUCAAAAAAAAAACCCGCUUUUGAAAUGUGUAUGGUUGAGUACAUAUGGGCUUCAUCUGUCAUAAUGCUCUGCUGUGGAAGUUGAAGCAGCUGGUAUAAGGCCAAACUUUGCAAAAUUUUGAACGUUGCUUGUCUGUUGCAUGCCUGGAGCCAGUAAAAAAAUGUUUACAGUAAAUUGCAGGUACCGGUGAUCUUAAAAGUAUGCUCUUUGUAAGAAAAGGCAGUGCUCAGGUUUUUUUCCUAGUUGCAUCUCUGGCGAAAUGCGUCUGUAGAACCCUUAGAUAUUCGUGCAAAUUUCCAGUCGUUUGUCUUGAAUGCAGUCUGAGUUGAUCCCAUUACAUACCAGCUGUGUUCGGGCUGGU